AUGAGCGACCCUAAUUGGCAGAAAUUGUCUCAGGAAUUGAGACGCAGAGCCGCCAAAGCCCGCACCGGCGGCGGCUCCCCUCCCAAGAACGUCGGCGGCAUGUUCGCUGGAUUGGGCGGCCUUCUUCUUUUGGGAGGCGUUGCCGUUGCAGCCCAAAACGCACUCUUCAACGUCGACGGUGGUCAGCGUGCCAUUGUGUACUCUCGGUUGAACGGAAUCCAGCCCCGGAUUUAUCCGGAAGGUACCCAUUUCAUUGUUCCCUGGUUCCAGAGACCAAUUGUGUACGAUGUUAGAGCCAAGCCCAGAAACGUCUCCUCAUUGACAGGAACCAAGGACUUGCAGAUGGUCAACAUCACGUGCAGAGUGUUGUUCAAGCCGGAUCUUUUCCAAUUGCCCACGAUCUUCCGUACGUUGGGCCAAGACUACGAUGAGAAGGUGUUGCCCUCGAUUGUCAACGAGGUGUUGAAGUCUGUGAUUGCGCAGUUCAACGCCGCACAGCUCAUCACACAGAGAGAGAAGGUGUCGCGGUUGGUGCGCGAGAACUUGGUGCGCCGUGCGUCCAAGUUCAACAUCUUGUUGGACGAUGUUUCGUUGACGUACAUGGCCUUCUCGCCUGAGUUCAGUGCUGCUGUUGAGGCCAAGCAGAUUGCACAGCAAGACGCACAGAAGGCUGCUUUCAUUGUCGAUAAGGCCGUGCAGGAGAAACAGCAGGCGGUUGUGAAGGCUGCUGGUGAAGCCAAGUCUGCCGAGUUGAUUGGUGAGGCCAUCAAGAAGUCCAAGGAUUACGUGGAGUUGAAGAGAUUGGAGACUGCUAGAGAGAUUGCAGGCAUCUUGGCCAACUCGCCCAACAGAAUCAUGUUGGACAACGACACCUUGUUGUUGAACACCGUUGUUGACUCCAGAAAGUAA